UGCAUUUGUGUCGUCUCCGGAGAAGCUUUUUGUGACACAGAACUCUCCGCCAGAAGGUUGCUGACAGAGACUAAAUAAAUCAGCGAAUGUGAAGAUGCUCGGGUGGUUGAAAGCCGCACAGGCGAGCUGCAAUCCAGCGCUCCCAGGGGAAGUAUGGCUCGGAGUCUCGCCAGGCCUCAAAUCAGAACAAAUGACUGUCACAAUAGGGUCAAGUCAGGGCUCGGAACUUCUUGAUAAAGUCUGGGACACUCGUAAAAUACUGGUCUACUGGCCUACUUACUUGCAGGCAGCCCUCGCGGUCCACCAGGCGCUCGCAGUGCACCAGGCGUUCGCAAUCCAGUAGGCUCUUACACUCCAGGUACUCGGAGUCCACAAGGCGCUCGGAGUCCAUACACUCGCAGUCACGGCGGCGGCAGUGCGCGGCGGGUUCUCGAAGCCGGAGUAGAAGACAGCCGAGACAACUUAGGCUACUACCAUAGUGGGUGCAGGUCCCCGCUGCGCCAGCGGCACCACGUCGUGCGCUGCGUGGACGUGCUCAUAUACUACAGCAUCGUGGUGAGCACGUUCCUGCUGUACUCGGUCGGCUUCAUCGCCUACAAGCUAGACGAGGACCCGGAAGAAGUUAAGGAGUUCUACCGCACCAUGACCACCUCGGCGUCGCGCACCGUCUUCACGCUCGAGGGCACCAGGCAUCUGCAGGAGAGGGCCGACGAAGCAACCACCGAAAGCAGCAGCGAUGUUGCCGGCGAUGACACACGAGGCCAAGAACUUCUGACGUCCACCGACACGGUCACCGAUGCAAACGAAGUCGAGAAGUGGCAGCGUUACAUAGCGGUCCCACCUCUCACACCCAAGGCGGGAUCGGCAUCGCGCACCCCCAGCCCUUCUUCUCAAGCGCCCUCUGGCGGCACCUUGCCGUACAUCUACAAGAGCCAGAAGGAGCCGGACGACACCUAUGUGCACCUGCUCCAGGUUGUCGCCGCCAAUGAGAACAGGAGGCGCGCGUCUCGAGAUGGGGCCGCCCCUGCCAAGGGCGUCGGCGCUAACACCACGGCGGUGCCUUUCCUGACUUUCCCGGGAUUGUUACAGUGGUGACGACCACGUGC